AUGGAAGAUCUUGUGGACCACGGUCUCAUUGAAUCAUGGCAAGAGAAUCCAGACUUCACUAGUAAUCUGCAAGAACUCAGUUCUUAUGGACGUCGCGGGAAACUGAGCCGGCUUUCAGAGGAGAGAGCCGCGAUAUUGGAACAAACACAAGACCUCACUUUCCACAACUACAAGACGUUCAUACACACGGCCGAAUGCUCCAAGGACAUCUACAAAGAUUUCACCCUCGUGGAGCAACAUUUAGAAUCUGUUAUGAAGAAGUUGCCAAGUUUUAAGGAAAGUUGCAGUACCUUCAUGAAGACAGCUCAGGAGAUUAACCAAAGUCGGCGCAUGAACUCGCUGACGUUGAGUCGGCACGCCGUCAAGCUGCUGGCAGAAUACUAGAGAUUGCCUCAGCUGAUGACAACGUUGUGAUGGAACUGUUUUUACUACGAGGAGGCGCUAGCUGCUUGCCUAUACGUGAAGCGGCUAGAGAAGAGACACGCAGCCAUCCCCGUCAUCGUGAGCAUAGUGGGUGAAGUGAAGGCUUCUAUGAACUUGAUGUUGAAUCACUUGAUCCAGCAGUUACGCACCAAUGUCCAACUACCGGCUUGUCUCAAGGUGAUUGGAUACCUGCGGCGCAUGGACGCGUUCACGGAGGCGGAGUUGCGGAUCAAGUUCCUGCAGGCUCGCGACGCCUGGUUCCAGAGCGUGCUUUCCAGUAUCCGCUCCGAAGAUCCUUACCAUCACAUCACGAAGACUAUAGAGUUGAGUCGCGUUCACUUGUUUGACAUCAUCACGCAGUACCGCGCGAUAUUCAGCGAUGAGGAUCCGCUACUUUCCACCACCAGGGACUCCAGCCUGUCCGAGAGCGCGAUAUUCUACGGAUGGGUUCACCAGAAGGUUCAGCAGUUUCUACAGACGCUCGUGCGAGACCUGUCUCAGGGUGUCUCGUCACGUCUCGACUCCGUCAUCGGUCAGUGCAUGUACUUCGGUCUCUCGUUCUCGCGCGUCGGUGCCGAUUUCCGUCCCUUGAUGGCGCCACUGUUCCAGGAGGCGGCCUUGCGAGGGUUUCAGCAGGCUGCGGAGGAUGCAGCGAGGAGGUUUGACGAGGCGAUGCAAUCCUACACGCUCCUCAACACGUCCGCUGCGCUCGUCUCCAACAUACUAGGCGGCGCCGGCGGCAGCGGCGGCGGGGGAGAGACGGCGCUGCAGCCGCCGUCCUCGUUGCUAGAGUGUCAGCCGAUGGCGGUCUACUGCAACCAGGUGUUGACAGCGUUUAACGAGCUACGUCUGUGCGCACCUGUUUCCAUCGCCGCCGACAUCGCCACCGCUCUCCAGGGGUCGCUAGUGAAGGUCGCCGACUCCAUCCUAGCCUAUCACAGGGCGGAGGAGUCAGCGAUGACGGAUCGUGAGCGCGAGAGGUUUGCUAUCAUGUGCGGUACGUUCGCGUGUGACCUGGUGCCGUAUCUAUCCACGUGUCUACACACCGUCUACCCGGUCGCGACACUUGCUCAGCUGCUGGGGGUGUCCAUCCACGAGCUAGCUGACAUGGGGAACAUCGGUUCGUUAGACCAGGAGUUGAUUGCCGAGCCAUUGCAACGUUUCAUAGCAUCACACAUGUCUGACUCCGGAAUCACGUUCAUAACGCCCGAGACGGACGCAGCACCUGCAGAGACACCUGGUGACGAAGCAUCGGCAGAGACACCUGGUGACGAAGCAUCGGCAGAGACACCUGGUGACGAAGCAUCAGCAGAGAGAACUGGUGACAAAGCACCAGCAGAGACACCUGGUGGCAAUGAUGUUGAGGUGCCAGCAGAGACACCUGCUGGCAAAAAUGUCCCAGCAGAGAUAACUGGUAGCAAUGAAUCUGUAGGAGAGACACCUAGUGGCAACAAAGCUUUAACAGAGACACCUGGUGGCAAUGACACACCAGCAGAAACACCUGGUUGCAAUGAAGUUCCAGCAGAGACACCUGGUGGCAAUGAAGAUUCAGCAGAGACACCUGGUGGCAAUGAAGUUGCAGCAGAGACAUCUGGUGGAAGCGAAAAUUCAGCAGAGACACCUGGUGGCAAUGAAGUUGCAGCAGCGACACCUGGUGGCAAUGAAGAUUCAGCAGAGACACCUGGUGGCAAUGAUGCUUCAGCAGAGACACCUGGUGGCAAUGAAGCUUCAGCAGAGACACCUGGUGGCAAUGAAGCUUCAGCAGAGACCCCUGGUGACGUGUAA